AUGCCCAUAUGUAUGGUGGUGGGGAAAACGGAGGUAGGUGGUGGAGUAGCGGUAGCUUGCACCGUUGCAGGCGAUGAAUUUACCUUUGAAACAACGAAAAGCAAUGAAACUGAAGGAGCUAAAGGCGAUGAAUUUUCCUUUAAAACCACGACAAUCAAUGAAAAUAAAGAGCUUACUGGUGAUGAAUCUUCCAUUGAAACCACGUCAACAAAUGAAUCUAAAGAGCUUACAGGUGACGAAUCUUCUAUUGAAACCACGACAAUCAAUGAAUCUAAAGAGCUUACAGGUGAUGAAUCUUCCAUUGAAACCACGACAAUCAAUGAAACUAAAGAAUCUGCAGCCGAUGAUUUUUCCUUUGAAACAACAAAAAGCUAUGAAACUGAAGGAACUAUAGGCGAUGAAUUUUCCUUUGAAACCACAAAAAACAAUGGAACUAAAGAAUCUGAAGUAAAAUUGAGUGAUUAUAUUGUUAAAGUCAUCGAAUACUACAAACAACCUAACCCUAAAGGAUUGCCAAGCGCUAACAUCCCAGAUCCAUACUAUGUUCCUGACACCAGACAAACAUUAGGUUUCGGAACUAAUCUGGAAUUUACGGACACAGCAGUUCAUGGUGUUAAUAAGUUUCGCGUACUAUAUAUUAAUGCAGAUAUCGGAAAAAUGGAGUGUCACUCCGCUUUUGAAAUUGAUAAACUGCAAGUUCGAGGCAAAUAUUCAUUGAAUGUGUGGCUCAACUAUUACCCAGGGGAUUUUACUGCUGAUAUUAUUGGCAUAAAAAACAAAGUGUUAGCUACAUUAGGUGUUGAACAAGAUGGAAAAUUGAGAGCACAAAACAUAUCAGUCGAUAUAACAUUUAAAAAUAUUACGGUAAAAUUCGAAAAUGCAGGUUUUCUAGCCUCGAUGUUGCAAGGUGUUUUCAAUUCCAUGGGUAGCUUAGUGUAUGAUUCUAUCAGAACCUAUCUAGUACAAGACGCACACAAAAACAUGAGGGAAGAUAUAAAUAAAAAAUUGGACGAAAUCGUUGGGAAUAUUAAAUUUCCCAAUACCAUAUCUCCAAUGGAUAUGAUAAUGGUAGAUGUAAGAAAUAAAAUCAAAGAUAUGAAAAUGGAUCCAUUGGAAAUCGAAGACUAUUUUUCACAUAUUGGAAUAUUUAAAAUAGCUCUGCAUAAUACCUUGCUUAAAGGCUUAUCUACCUUUCAUCGAACUGGAAAUAUAAGUCUUAGUUUAGAAAAUAAUACAAUAGUGUCUGAUUUUAACAUUGGUGCUAAAGAGCUACUAGGUUUGACGCGUUGGGAAGUUUCUGGAAUGAAUGGAUAUUUGAAUAAAACGGGAACUGUUUCCUUUUCCGUGGAAUAUAUUAAAGCAAGAUUUGUAUUUGCUCUUGCAUUAAAUAGAAUAAAAAGUAUAGAAUUUAGAGAUUUACAUCUCGACGUUGGUAAUAUACAAAUCGGAUCUGAUGGAACAGGAACAUUGGAUUAUAUAAUUGAACUAUCAGCUAAUAUAUUGCCAACUCUUCUACGAUAUCAGAUAAUACAAGCAAUGGAAAAUCCUGUUAGAUGGAUGAUACAGCAAAAAAUAGAUAAUUUAAACAUAGAAGAAGUUAUAAUUAAUGAAUUACCAAAAAUAGAUCAAUUGCAAAGAAAAGACUUCCAGCUUUCUGAGUUGAGGUGUCUUAAAUCGACUGAUGAAAUCUUUUUCGACGAUGAAGAAUUUUUCAAUUUUUGAGUAACUGUUUAU